UUCACAUAAAGAGGUGUGUUUGGGGCUGGGGAGCCUGCAGGAGAAGAGAGACAGAAGGCAGCGGUGAUCCUCCUCCUCCUCAUUCGUUGCAGGUAAGGAUUUCUCAUCCCAGCCGUGGCCAUGAGGAUCCUUUUCCUGCUGCUGGCUGUGCUCUUUGUGGUGCUCCAGGCUGCUGCAGGUCAGCGCUACUUUCCUAGGCCUAUUGAUACUUGUAGGCUUCGAAAUGGAAUCUGCACUCGAGGUAUCUGUCGGAGGCCAUAUUACUGGAUUGGAACAUGUAACAAUGGAAUGGGCUCUUGCUGUGCAAGGGGCUGGAAUAACUGAUACCUCCCUGACUUCUCCUGGGGAAUCCUUCUUGCAUCUACCAAAUGGCCUCUCCGGCACUCCAGCUCCAUCAUAC